AUGUCUGCAUCCGCCACAGCAGAGCUGAAGACGGGCCAGGACUUGCAGCUGAGCGAGUUCCGAGAAGCUUUGAAGGGAACAGAAGCAGAGAUCAAGGGGCUGAAAACGGCCUUAGCUGGAGCGGCAGCGCGUGCUGAGGAGGAUGCAGCUUCGAAGGCAAACCUCUUGUCUCAGAUGGACGGCCUCCGAAGCGAGGCGGCCAAGCUGUACGGACAGAUACAGCGGCUUGAUGCCGUGCCCCGGCCGAUGGGUGGCGAGAGACCGCUGGGCGAGAGCGAGGCCUGGCUGCGCUGCAUGUAA